GUUUCGAAGGAUUUCAAGUCUGUCCGUCUGUAUUACGCCAAGUCCUAUUUGGUUUCGGACUUUAGGUUUUACUUAACAAAAUUUCUCCUUUUCAAUUCAAAAGUGCUUUUUGUAGGCGGCUAGGGUUUUUCUACUUUGCAUAUAUUUUUUUAUUCUCUACUUCUCUUUUUUGUUUUAUUGAUGAAGUUCUGAGCUUUGAUUAUUUGCUGAAGUUUUGAGUUUUAAUGUUCUAUUCUUUGAAUUUUCGUUUUGACUGUAGUAUAAAUUUGGUUUGCCUUAUACGAAUAUUCGUUGUUCGUCCUCAACCUUGCUUAACUGAUUUUGUUUUACGGGUUUUUUAAAUUUCGUUUGGUUUUUGUUAGUUGAUUAUUUUCCUCGACGAGAUUCCAUUUUUGCGCAAAGCUUCAUCUGGGUAUAAUUUGAUUAUGCAGUUAAUUUUUUUAAAUUUGAUCCUGAUUUCUUCAUAAACAUUUUACUUUUUAUGUAGUUUGGAAUCCAAAUUUUAUAUAUAUUGAUUUCGAAAUUUAGUAUAUUACGGGCGUGAUUUGAAUCUCGACCCUAAAAAUUUACCAAUAUGAGUUUUCCCAACCCUAGCGCUUCUUUUUUGGCGCCACAGCAAGUAGACAGUGAUGCCAUUGGUGUCUGGCCUCAGUAUCAGAUGAAUGAUGGGCAACAAUAUGAGCAUAAUCCUCAAUUUGAUCAAUCACCUCCUUUCAAGAGACCUAGAAACUUUGAAGAGAAUCAAUCAAACACUUCAGUAUUUCCUAGGACGAAUCCAUCUUUAAACCCCCCAAUUAAUAAAGGAACAACUAACAUUUUCUUCAAGACGCGUGUCUGUGCAAAAUUUAAGCAGGGUACUUGUAGGAAUGGUGAGAAUUGCAACUUUGCACAUGGUCUUGAGGACUUAAGACAGCCUCCUCCCAAUUGGCAAGAACUCGUAGGAGGUGGAGGUGGCCGUGUUGAGGAGGAUCGAUCAUUUGGUGGUGCUGGUGGUGGUAAUUGGGAUGAUGAUCAGAAGAUAAUUCAUAAGAUGAAGUUAUGCAAGAAGUUUUACAACGGAGAGGAGUGCCCCUAUGGUGAUAGGUGUAAUUUUCUUCAUGAAGAUCCAUCAAAGUUUAGGGAUGAUUCGGGGAGGUACAGGGAGAGCUCAGCAAUAAGCAUUGGGACUACAGGGCCACCUUUCGUGCAUGGGGUCAGUUUUAAUUUACCGGAUAGCAACAGGCCUGUCAGCAACACUAGUAUCAAACCUGUAUAUUGGAAGACAAAGUUGUGUUCUAAGUGGACAACAGGUCAAUGCCCCUUUGGAGAAAAAUGCCACUUUGCUCAUGGGGAAUCAGAAUUACAGGUAACCAGUGGACGCAUUGAAGUGGAAGCAGGGAAUGCGGGUUUCGUUCCAACAAAGCCUCAAUUGAUUCCUAUUAAUGAUUCAUCAACUGCAGUGAACAUGCCUGCUUCGAACAAAGAAGGGCAGGGCAAGACAUGCUUAUUUAAGUGGAAAGGACCAAAGAAAAUCAAUCGGAUUUAUGCAGACUGGCUUGAUGAUAUGCCCUUGGUGCACAACUGGUCUAGUCAAGUUGAGAGUUGAGUUCAAGUAGAAGGUAUAUUUUAAACGUUAGCAUAUUUGCUCUAAUAGUUAAAAUUUAAGUCUUUGUUCUAGUGAUUGUCUUAGAGGCUUACAAAAUUGCAGAUUGUUUUUGCUUGAUGAUAUACCAUAGGUUAAUUUGGUUCAUUGCCUUCUGAAAUUUUUUUUUUCCCCUCCUUGUCAUGAAAAAUCUGUGUAACAGUUUUGAAUUGAUCAUUGUUUCUUGGAAAUUCAAAUAAGACAGUGCUUGAAAUCAAA